AUGAAGUCUGCGCUGUAUUUGUGUUUGUUGCUUCUUGGAUUACAAGUCCAGGGUCAACUGAAGUCCAACCUCAACGAUGAGCAGCAGGAACAAGAAAUAGCCCAUUUCUCAGAAGACCAUUCCCAGGCUGAAGGUGAAAACUCACCUCACGCCAAGAUUGCCCCCAGCAAUGCCGACUUUGCAUUUAGGGUUUACAAGCAGAUCAGAGAAGAGACAGGCAACAAGAACAUUUUCUUCUCUCCUUUGAGUAUCUCCACUGCCUUUACAAUGCUCUCCCUGGGGGUCAGAUCAAACACUCUCAGUCAGCUGCACAAAGGCCUCGCCUUCAAUCUGACAGACAUGGAGGAGCAGGAGAUCCAUGCUGGAUUUCAGCGCAUCCUCCAGCUGCUCAACGACCCUCACCGAGAAGACCAGUUGAGCAUGGGCAACGCCCUGUUCGUAGACGACCGACUGAAACUGCUCAAAAAAUUUUUGGAUGAUGUGAGAAAUCUGUAUUAUUCUGAAGCUACUUCUACUAGCUUCCAGAAUCCUCCAGAGGCUAUAAAGGAAAUCAAUGAGUACAUAGAAACAAAAACUCAUGGGAAAAUUGUUGAUUUCCUCCAGGAUCUUGAUCCACAGACCGUGAUGGUUCUGGUUAACUACGUUUUCUUUAAAGGUUACUGGGAAAAACCUUUCAGCCCUUUGUCCACCAGGGAUGCUGACUUCAUGUUGGAUGCUAAAAAUUCCGUAAAAGUCAAAAUGAUGCAUGAAAAGAAACACUUUAAUAUCCAUAGAGAUGAGAAGUUGUCUUGCUGGGUAGUAGAAAUCCCAUACAAAGGAAAUGCUACUUCAUUGUUCAUUCUGCCUGAUGAAGGGACAAUGAAGCAAGUGGAGGAUGCUCUGCUAAAAGAGACAGUGUCUAGCUGGUUGAAAUCACUUGAAUACAGAGAAAUCUACCUGGACCUUCCAAAGUUCUCCAUCUCUGGCUACUAUGAUGUUAAGAGCCUUUUUGAAAAAAUGGGUGUGACAGAGGUGUUCAGUGACCAGGCUGAUCUCUCUGGAGUGGCAGAAAAUUCUAAUCUGAAGGUUUCCAAAGCAAUUCACAAGGCCAUGGUGGAUGUCAGUGAGAAUGGCACGGAGGCUGCUGCUGUGACCUUGAUAGAAAUUAUAGCAGAGUCUGCAGAGUUUCCUCCUCCUCCUCAUAUUAAAUUCAACAGACCCUUCCUGAUGAUGAUCAUUGACAAAAGCACUGAUGGCGUCCUUUUCAUGGGAAGAAUUGUGAACCCAACUGCCAAGGAGGAGUAG